AGGGAGCCAAGCCGCGCGAAAGCUACUGAGUGUUGGAUGGGGGUAGGAAGGGGCCGGAGCGGGAUUUCCACUGUGCAGCCCGCCAGGGCGUUACGGCGGGCAUAAUGGAAUUGCAGAGGACUUCUAGCAUCUCUGGGCCGCUGUCGCCUGCGUACACGGGGCAGGUGCCUUACAACUACAACCAGCUGGAAGGGAGAUUCAAACAGCUCCAAGAUGAGCGUGAAGCCGUGCAAAAGAAGACCUUCACCAAGUGGGUCAACUCUCACCUUGCCCGAGUGUCCUGCCGGAUCACAGACCUGUACACUGACCUUCGAGAUGGACGGAUGCUCAUCAAGUUGCUGGAGGUCCUCUCUGGAGAGAGACUGCCUAAACCCACCAAAGGACGAAUGCGCAUCCACUGUUUGGAGAAUGUGGACAAGGCCCUUCAGUUCCUGAAGGAGCAGAGAGUCCAUCUUGAGAACAUGGGGUCCCAUGACAUUGUGGAUGGGAAUCACCGACUAACACUUGGCCUCAUCUGGACCAUCAUCCUUCGCUUCCAGAUCCAGGACAUCAGUGUGGAAACAGAAGAUAACAAAGAGAAGAAGUCUGCCAAGGAUGCCUUGCUGCUGUGGUGCCAGAUGAAAACAGCUGGGUACCCCAAUGUCAACAUUCACAAUUUCACCACUAGCUGGAGAGAUGGCAUGGCCUUCAAUGCACUGAUACACAAACACCGUCCUGAUCUGAUAGAUUUUGAUAAACUGAAGAAAUCCAAUGCACACUACAAUCUGCAGAAUGCAUUUAACCUGGCAGAGCAACAUCUUGGCCUCACUAAACUGCUGGACCCUGAAGAUAUCAGUGUGGACCACCCUGAUGAGAAAUCCAUUAUCACUUAUGUGGUAACUUAUUACCACUACUUCUCUAAGAUGAAGGCCUUGGCUGUUGAAGGAAAACGAAUUGGAAAGGUGCUUGACAAUGCUAUUGAAACAGAAAAAAUGAUUGAAAAAUAUGAAUCACUUGCCUCAGACCUUCUGGAGUGGAUUGAGCAAACCAUCAUUAUUCUGAACAAUCGCAAAUUUGCCAAUUCACUGGUUGGGGUUCAACAACAGCUUCAGGCAUUCAACACUUACCGCACCGUGGAGAAACCACCCAAAUUUACUGAGAAGGGGAACUUGGAAGUGCUGCUUUUCACUAUUCAGAGCAAGAUGCGGGCCAACAAUCAGAAGGUCUACAUGCCCCGAGAGGGGAAGCUCAUCUCUGAUAUUAAUAAGGCCUGGGAAAGACUGGAAAAAGCGGAACAUGAAAGAGAACUGGCACUGCGCAAUGAGCUCAUAAGACAGGAGAAACUGGAACAGCUAGCCCGCAGAUUUGACCGCAAGGCAGCUAUGAGGGAGACUUGGCUGAGCGAAAACCAGCGUCUGGUGUCUCAGGACAACUUUGGAUUUGACCUUCCUGCCGUUGAGGCUGCCACAAAAAAGCACGAGGCAAUUGAGACAGACAUUGCUGCAUAUGAGGAGCGUGUGCAGGCUGUGGUGGCUGUGGCCAGGGAGCUCGAGGCAGAGAACUACCAUGAUAUCAAGCGCAUCACAGCAAGGAAGGACAAUGUCAUCCGGCUCUGGGAAUACCUGCUAGAACUGCUCAAGGCUCGGAGACAGCGUCUUGAGAUGAACCUGGGGCUACAGAAGAUAUUCCAGGAAAUGCUCUACAUUAUGGACUGGAUGGAUGAGAUGAAGGUGCUAUUAUUGUCUCAAGACUAUGGCAAACACUUGCUUGGUGUGGAAGACCUGUUACAGAAACAUGCUCUAGUUGAAGCUGACAUUGGAAUCCAGGCAGAGCGUGUGAGAGGCGUCAAUGCCUCCGCCCAGAAGUUUGCAACAGAUGGGGAAGGCUACAAGCCCUGUGACCCCCAGGUGAUCCGAGACCGUGUGGCCCACAUGGAAUUCUGCUAUCAAGAGCUUUGCCAGCUGGCGGCUGAGCGUCGGGCCCGUCUCGAAGAGUCCCGUCGCCUCUGGAAGUUCUUCUGGGAAAUGGCAGAAGAAGAAGGCUGGAUACGAGAAAAGGAGAAGAUUCUGUCGUCUGACGAUUACGGGAAGGACCUUACCAGUGUCAUGCGCCUGCUCAGCAAGCACCGGGCGUUUGAGGAUGAGAUGAGUGGCCGUAGUGGCCACUUUGAGCAGGCUAUCAAGGAAGGUGAAGACAUGAUCACAGAGGAGCACUUUGGAUCAGAAAAGAUCCGUGAAAGGAUCACUUACAUUCGGGAGCAGUGGGCCAACCUGGAACAGCUCUCAGCCAUUCGGAAGAAGCGCCUGGAAGAGGCCUCGCUGCUGCACCAGUUCCAGGCAGAUGCUGAUGACAUCGAUGCCUGGAUGCUGGACAUCCUCAAGAUUGUCUCCAGCAGCGACGUGGGCCAUGAUGAAUACUCCACACAGUCUUUGGUCAAAAAACACAAGGAUGUGGCAGAAGAGAUCACCAAUUACAGGCCCACCAUCGACUCGCUGCACGAGCAAGCCAGUGCCCUCCCACAGGAGCAUGCUGAAUCUCCAGAUGUGAGGGGCAGGCUGUCAGGCAUUGAGGAGCGGUACAAGGAGGUGGCAGAGCUGACAAGAUUGAGGAAGCAGGCACUGCAAGAUACCCUGGCCCUGUACAAGAUGUUCAGCGAGGCUGACGCCUGUGAGCUCUGGAUUGAUGAGAAGGAGCAGUGGCUCAACAACAUGCAGAUCCCAGAGAAGCUGGAAGACCUGGAGGUCAUCCAACACAGAUUUGAGAGCCUAGAACCAGAAAUGAACAACCAGGCCUCCCGGGUUGCCGUGGUGAACCAGAUUGCUCGCCAGCUGAUGCACAGUGGCCACCCCAGUGAGAAGGAGAUCAAAGCCCAGCAGGACAAGCUCAACACAAGGUGGAGUCAGUUCAGAGAACUAGUGGAUAGGAAGAAGGAUGCUCUUCUCUCUGCCCUAAGCAUCCAGAACUACCACCUUGAGUGCAAUGAAACCAAAUCCUGGAUUCGGGAAAAGACCAAAGUUAUUGAGUCUACCCAGGACCUGGGCAACGACCUGGCUGGCGUCAUGGCCUUGCAGCGCAAGCUGACUGGCAUGGAGCGGGAUCUGGUAGCCAUUGAGGCAAAGCUGAGCGACCUACAGAAGGAAGCAGAGAAGCUAGAGUCCGAGCACCCUGACCAGGCUCAGGCCAUCCUGUCCCGGCUGGCUGAGAUCAGCGACGUGUGGGAGGAGAUGAAGACCACCCUGAAGAACAGAGAGGCCUCCCUGGGAGAAGCUAGUAAGCUGCAACAGUUUCUGCGGGACUUGGACGACUUCCAGUCCUGGCUCUCCAGGACACAGACAGCCAUUGCCUCGGAGGACAUGCCCAACACCCUGACAGAGGCAGAGAAACUUCUCACGCAGCAUGAAAACAUCAAAAAUGAAAUUGACAACUACGAAGAGGACUACCAGAAGAUGAGGGACAUGGGUGAGAUGGUCACCCAGGGCCAGACGGAUGCCCAGUACAUGUUUCUCCGGCAGCGGCUACAGGCCUUGGACACUGGAUGGAAUGAGCUCCACAAAAUGUGGGAGAACAGGCAGAAUCUCCUCUCUCAGUCACAUGCCUAUCAGCAGUUCCUUAGGGACACGAAGCAAGCUGAAGCCUUUCUUAACAACCAGGAGUAUGUUUUAGCUCAUACUGAAAUGCCCACCACCCUGGAAGGUGCUGAAGCAGCUAUUAAAAAACAAGAGGACUUCAUGACCACCAUGGAUGCCAAUGAGGAGAAGAUCAAUGCUGUUGUGGAGACGGGCCGGAGGCUGGUGAGCGAUGGGAACAUCAACUCAGAUCGCAUCCAGGAGAAAGUGGACUCUAUUGAUGACAGACAUAGGAAGAAUCGUGAGGCAGCCAGUGAACUCCUGAUGAGAUUAAAGGACAACAGGGAUCUUCAGAAAUUCCUGCAAGAUUGUCAAGAGCUGUCCCUCUGGAUCAAUGAAAAGAUGCUUACAGCCCAGGACAUGUCCUAUGAUGAAGCCAGGAAUCUGCACAGUAAAUGGCUAAAACAUCAAGCCUUCAUGGCAGAACUUGCAUCCAACAAAGAAUGGCUUGACAAGAUUGAGAAGGAAGGAAUGCAGCUCAUAUCAGAAAAGCCUGAGACUGAAGCUGUGGUGAAGGAGAAACUCACUGGUUUACAUAAAAUGUGGGAAGUCCUUGAAUCCACCACUCAGACCAAGGCCCAGCGGCUCUUUGAUGCAAACAAGGCUGAACUUUUCACCCAGAGCUGUGCAGAUCUAGAUAAAUGGCUUCAUGGCCUGGAGAGUCAGAUUCAAUCUGAUGACUAUGGCAAAGACCUUACCAGCGUCAAUAUCCUGCUGAAAAAACAACAGAUGCUGGAAAAUCAGAUGGAGGUGCGGAAGAAGGAGAUUGAGGAGCUCCAGAGCCAAGCCCAGGCAUUGAGUCAGGAGGGGAAAAGCACCGAUGAGGUGGACAGCAAGCGUCUCACUGUACAGACCAAGUUUAUGGAGCUGCUGGAACCCUUGAACGAAAGGAAGCAUAACCUGCUGGCCUCCAAAGAGAUCCAUCAGUUCAACCGGGAUGUGGAGGAUGAGAUCUUGUGGGUUGGCGAGAGGAUGCCUUUGGCAACUUCCACAGAUCAUGGCCACAACCUCCAGACUGUGCAGCUGUUAAUAAAGAAAAAUCAGACCCUCCAGAAAGAAAUCCAGGGGCACCAGCCUCGAAUCGAUGACAUCUUUGAGAGGAGCCAAAACAUAGUCACCGACAGCAGCAGCCUCAAUGCUGAGGCCAUCAGACAGAGGCUCGCUGACCUAAAGCAGCUAUGGGGCCAACUUAUUGAGGAGACAGAGAAACGCCACAGGCGGCUGGAGGAAGCGCACAAGGCGCAGCAGUAUUACUUUGAUGCAGCUGAGGCUGAGGCAUGGAUGAGCGAGCAGGAGCUGUACAUGAUGUCUGAGGAAAAGGCCAAGGAUGAGCAGAGUGCUGUCUCCAUGUUGAAGAAACACCAAAUCUUGGAACAAGCUGUGGAGGACUAUGCAGAGACAGUACACCAGCUCUCCAAGACCAGUCGGGCCCUAGUGGCCGACAGCCACCCUGAAAGUGAGCGCAUUAGCAUGCGGCAGUCCAAAGUGGAUAAGCUGUAUGCUGGCCUUAAGGACCUGGCAGAGGAGAGGAGAGGCAAGCUGGACGAAAGGCACAGGUUGUUCCAGCUCAACCGGGAGGUAGAUGACCUGGAACAGUGGAUCGCCGAAAGGGAGGUGGUCGCAGGGUCCCAUGAGCUGGGACAAGACUAUGAGCAUGUCACAAUGUUGCAAGAACGAUUCCGGGAAUUUGCUCGAGACACUGGGAACAUUGGGCAGGAGCGUGUGGACACGGUCAAUCACAUGGCUGAUGAACUCAUCAACUCUGGACAUUCAGAUGCUGCCACCAUUGCUGAGUGGAAGGACGGCCUCAAUGAAGCCUGGGCUGACCUCCUGGAGCUCAUUGAUACGAGGACACAGAUUCUUGCUGCCUCCUAUGAACUGCAUAAGUUUUACCAUGAUGCCAAGGAAAUCUUUGGGCGCAUCCAGGAUAAACAUAAGAAACUCCCUGAGGAGCUUGGGAGAGAUCAGAACACUGUGGAGACCUUGCAGAGAAUGCACACCACCUUUGAACAUGACAUCCAGGCUCUGGGCACUCAGGUGAGGCAGCUGCAAGAGGAUGCAGCCCGCCUCCAGGCAGCUUAUGCAGGGGACAAGGCCGAUGACAUCCAGAAGCGUGAGAAUGAGGUCCUGGAAGCCUGGAAGUCCCUUCUGGAUGCCUGUGAGGGCCGCAGGGUACGCCUGGUGGACACAGGGGACAAAUUCCGCUUUUUCAGCAUGGUGCGUGACCUUAUGCUCUGGAUGGAGGAUGUCAUCCGGCAGAUCGAGGCACAGGAGAAGCCAAGGGAUGUAUCAUCUGUUGAACUAUUAAUGAAUAAUCAUCAAGGUAUCAAAGCUGAAAUUGAUGCUCGUAAUGACAGUUUCACCACCUGCAUCGAACUGGGGAAAUCCCUGCUUGCAAGAAAACACUACGCUUCUGAGGAGAUCAAGGAAAAGUUACUGCAAUUGACUGAAAAGAGAAAAGAAAUGAUUGACAAGUGGGAAGACCGGUGGGAGUGGUUAAGACUGAUUUUGGAGGUCCAUCAGUUCUCAAGGGAUGCCAGUGUGGCCGAGGCCUGGUUGCUGGGACAGGAGCCAUACCUAUCCAGUCGUGAAAUCGGCCAGAGCGUGGACGAGGUGGAGAAGCUCAUCAAGCGCCACGAGGCAUUUGAAAAGUCUGCAGCAACCUGGGAUGAGAGGUUCUCCGCCCUGGAAAGGCUGACAACAUUGGAGUUACUGGAAGUGCGCAGACAGCAAGAGGAAGAGGAAAGGAAGAGGCGGCCGCCUUCUCCUGAGCUGAGCACAAAGGUUUCAGAGGAGACUGAGUCCCAGCAGCAGUGGGAUACUUCAAAAGGAGAGCAAGUUUCCCAGAAUGGUUUGCCGACUGAACAGGGAUCUCCACGGGUUAGUUACCGCUCUCAAACCUACCAAAACUACAAAAACUUUAAUAGCAGACGGACAGCCAGUGACCAGCCAUGGUCUGGACUGUGAAGUUCACUACCAUUUGUCAAGAACCAUUCUUUCCAAAUCCUGUUGGUUUUAACUUUUUGGCUUUCACUUCACCCAAAGUGUUAUAUAAGUUUUACUUAAUUCGUAUCAUAGCCUUCCUUGGUUUCAUAUUUGUUUGCAUUUAAUUCAUGUUUAUUUGAGUCUCUUAACUGAUGGAUGCUCAUUGCCUUAAAGCAAAGUACUUAUCUUUUGUUUAUUUAUUGUGAGCUUUUUACUUUAUUAAGAUUUUACAGCGAAACCCUUACAUGAGUAAUUGAAAUUAAAUGAGAUUACAGCAUAAUGAAGAAGAAAACUAGAAUCUAACAGGUAUGACACAUCCAGUUAUACUAACAGGGCACAGUACUGCAGUGUAGGUACUGUGUUACUUACAGAUGCUAUUAACCUGCAGUAGUUAGUUACUAGUAACUAGGAAGACUAAUCUAUAAGAAAGGAGACGUCUCACUACUAAGAUUAAAACCUAGUCAGCCAUAUAACAUUCCAUUGAAGGAUGCAUUCAUUCACUUAAGAUGACAAAAAAGGGAAGUUGGAUCUACUUGGGAAGCUGUUUGAAUUUUAGGUGCAGAAUCUCAAACAUUUUAAGACCCUUGGGUCAUUAUUAUUUUUUACAAACUGGUGACUCUUUUUUCUGCCAAGUCCUAAAUUGAGCACUGCAAGCUUCCUCACAGCAGAUGUUGCAGCUGGCUUCAGGAGCAAAUCACCUGCUGACUACUGCUGUCACCUCUGCCCUGGUCAUUGUCAGCCCCACCGGGACUUGGCAUGGCUGGUGAUAGCAGUUUUCAGCCUGUUUUGGGAACCUGCCUACCAGACUUCUAGGCCUUUCCAUUUCAGUCAGUGACUCUGGGGUGUCAAAAUAUUUUGUGAUUUUUCACACACGUGGAACAAAAGCCAUUUUGGUUCAUCCUGAUUACUUGAACGAUGCACUCGAUGGACCGUGCCUAGGAGCACUUGCAUGCCUCCUGGCUUUAGAGGCCUCCUGAGGGUCUCUAUAGACAGAAACCAUGUUUGUUUCAGAUGGAUCUUUUGAUUCAUUCAUUUUAUGUAAACUUUAUGUGGAGUUCUGCAAAAGGAGUCUUGUAGGGUGGUGUAUCAGGCCACUAGCAAGGACUGAAAUAUUUAACAAAAAUCCUUUUCCUUAGAAAUUAGUGCUGAUGAAAGAGAUGAAUUCCUGGUACUGACCAAAACACAGAACAAGAUCCAUGGUACAUGCAAGCCUUAUGAGACAUUUCUUGCUCAUUUGCCAUAUUUAGAUGUGUCAGUGGCCUCAGAAACCUGUUUUGAUAUGUGUUCUCCAUGAGUUAAGUCUAAUUUGUCUUUUCAUUUCAUGAUGCAUGUCUUUUUUUUUUCUUUUGUCAGGAUAACAUCAUGUAGCAUCUUGUUUGUUUUUCCUGAUUUCUAUGUACAUAUCUAUCUACUUGUGAUGGUAGAUGGGUAUAUAGAUAGAUGCCAAGCUUCUUAUGUUCUGGGGGUGGUGUGCACCAUUAUUGCGUCUCUGCCUUAAAACACACCCAAAUUCAUUUUAGAGAAAGCUACUGCUUUGUCUUCAGUCAUUAGGGAGCCCUGGUGUGUUUCUGGCCCCAAAUUAUAUUAUGUGUGUCACUGACCUAUAUGUAUAUAUGUGAUGUUUCCAUAUAUAUAUAUAUGUGUGUGUGUGUGUGUUUAAAUUUUGUAUCAUCAGAAUGGAUACGUAAUUUUAAUGCUUUUUGUAUUCAGAAGACCAAAAAAAAGAAAGAAAGAAACACCACAUAAGCACAUGAGAAAGGAAUGCUGUGCUUUUAGCAUUUGCUUUCAUGCCUAUUUUUAAUCUAGAUAUUUAAACUGUAGCUUGCCAGAACCAAUUUUUAACCAACAAUUGAGUUGUAUUGGAAGAAGAAAAAGCCAUUUUGUUCUUUUGAGUAAUGAUGCAGAGACUCAAGUUAAUGAACUUGAAGAUAGUGUUGCUUCUUGCACUUUGAAAGCAAUCAGGUGUUUCCUGUGCUUCUAGUUGUGUUGCCUUUAUGUUCACCUCCUGAUUGAAGUAUCAGAUGUGCCAGCCACUAAAGCACUCUGGACUAAUUGCUAAAGAGAAGCAACGAGGGGAGGGGGGAUGUAUUCACAUGUACCCACUGUUUGAUCAUAGCUCUAUGAUUUGCUUUUGAUGUUUGUCUCUAGUGGUGUGUUGUCUGUUGGCAUGCUUAAAGCACAUGUCCAUUAAAAUUCAUUUUGUUCCUUUUAUUUUCCUUGUUUUCUUGGUUAGUGAUUCAUUUGCAUAAACAUUAAUUAUCUCUGCAUACUGGUUUGGGGUUUUCUCUUUCCUUCUAACUCUAAAGAAAAAAUUUUUGCUGCAGAAUUUCCCUCAGAAGAGACUUCCCUGACCUUUCACCUACCUUGAAGUCUGACUAAGUAUAAUAAAUUUUAGCCUUUAUCUCAUAAACAUCUCUCUAUCCAGGUCAUGACUUGUCACUAGCAGUUUUCAAGUUAAACCUGCAGCACUAAAUUUUUUUUUAACCUCGUUUCUGUACAUACUAACUCCAUGUCUCUCUGGACUCACACCUGGCUCAGGCCUUCCACACCAAACUCACACUUCCUCCUUACCAGAAGUUUCCCAAAGUCUCACACUAGAAGAGAUUUGUCAACUUUAAAAUCCACUCAUAUUCUUUUGACUCAGGGUUUUAUUUUUUUAUUAUUUUUUGUUGUUGUUAUUAUUUCCCCUUCUGGAACUCUCCCUUAAAAGUGAAAAGAGGGACUGGGUUCAGAGGCACAAGCCUGUAAUCCCUGCUACUUGGGAGGCCAAGGCAGGAAGAUCAUGAGUUCAAGAGCAUCCUGGGCAGCACAGUGAAACCCCAUCUCAAAAAAAAGUGAAAAGAGCUUAAAUAGCAUAUUGCUCAUGAGCAGGAUCUACAGGCCAUCACUUGGGAGGCCAAAAUAAUCACGCACAUACACCCCAGUAUCUUUCUACCCUAAUCACUUAUUUCCCAUUGCUUGAGAGUAGAGGAUUUCAGUCAAAAACAGUCUUAAAUUGCAUCCAGUCAUGCUAAACCCUGAUGUUAAUUGUAAUCGUUUGCAAAGGCAUAACAUAAAUUUGAUUCUCUAUCCUUUCCCAAGUUUUUACUAGCCCUUUUCCUAAAAAAAAAAAAAAAAAAUCAAUUUUGUUGACUCAAGCA